CUGUCUCUGCUGCUGGCUCUCUUCUUCAGCUAGAAAGAGAUCUUACGAUUAGUUUUUUCUUUUAAUCCCAAUUUUACCCUUCUCUUAAUUUCUCACCUAAAAUCACCCCCAAAUUCAACGACUCGGCGAUGAUGGAGCGAACCUACGGCCGCCGCAAGCCGGGGAUCCCGCCGAGAACCCUAUCCGACUCUCUCAACGACACCGUUUCGCAGGCGGAGUAUCUCUCCUCCUCUUCGUCGCCUGACAUCGAACCCCUCGACUACUCUCUCCUCCCUUUCUCCAGCCAAGAUUCGUGGCAUUCUUCUUCCACCAUGUCCGAUUCCCGAGAGGAUCAUCCGCGUAGGGCGGCCAAGAGAUCGAGGAACGGCGAGGGUUUCACCUCCACGUUGCUCGAGGCGCAGGAGUUCGGCGAGCUGAUGGAGCACGAGGACGAGGUUAACUUCGCGCUUGAUGGGUUGAGGAAUGGGCAGCAGGUUAGGAUCAGAAGGGCGAGUUUGUCGUCUCUCCUGUCGAUUUGUGCUUCUCAGCACCAGCGCCGCUCAUUGAGGGCUCAAGGGAUCUCCCAAACCAUAAUUGAUGCGAUUCUGAGUCUUAGCCUCGAUGACAUGCCAAGCAAUCUUGCCGCAGCCACCCUCUUCUUUCUCCUAACUGCUGACUGUCAAGACGAGCACUUUAUGGAAUCACCCAAGUGCAUCAAGUUUCUGAUAAAGCUGUUGAAACCUGUGACUGUCACUAGCACCCAGGGGAAGCCACGCAGUAUAGGAUUUAAGCUCUUAUCUUUACGUAAGGAUGUUGGUCCAGCACAGGAUGCAGUGAAAACGAAUGAUCCAAGCUCUACCGUUAUACUUUCAAGUGUUCAGGAACUUCUAGUUAAUUGCAAGGAGAUGAGAUCUACUGAUAGCUAUAAAGCCGAAACAACGAGACCUGAGCUAAGUACGAAAUGGGUGGCUUUGUUGACUAUGGAGAGGGCGUGCUUAUCCAAAAUUUCGUUUGAUGAUACUUCCGGUUCUGUGAAAAAGACCGGAGGGAAUUUCAAGGAGAAACUGCGAGAACUAGGAGGACUUGAUGCAGUCCUUGAGGUUGUUAUGGACUGUCACACUGUAAUGGAGCGCUGGGUGGAAUGCGACACACUGCCCUAUCAGGAUAAGAAAGAUAGCCUGCAUAAGCAGACUUUAAUGUUGCUUUUGAAAUGUCUGAAAAUCAUGGAGAAUGCUACGUUCCUCAGCACAGAUAACCAGAAUCAUUUGCUCGGGUUUAAGAAAUGUUUGGGUUCUCGUGAAUUCCGAAUGUCUUUCACAGAGCUCACAAUAAGUGUCAUUAAGAUGCUUUCAGGUCUUCACUUACGUGGAGAAGUUUCAAGUCCUCACAGGAACAAUGUAACUCCUCACUGUUCAAUUGCUGGUAUCUUGGUAGCAGAUCGUAGAGUUAACAAUGAGGUCGUGACAAUAAGUUCAGAUACGUGCUCAACUGUUGGUUCUAUCUCCACGAGGAAUGGGAGUCUAUCCCAGAGAAGUCAAUCCAUAAUCGACUUAGAUUCGCCACCUACAUCAACGUCAUGUUAUCAAUCAAGUGUGUCAGGAAAUGAGCCCACUAAGUCAACGACCAGAGUCGGUUCAUCCGUAGCUGGUUCGUUUGCAGGCAGAUUGGCGUCUUUGGGUAGUGGCAUUGCCAGAAGUACUUCAAGGACUAGUCAAGUUGAAGAACAAAGUGGUAAAAGAAAUGGAAAAUUUUCAUUCCUAGAUGAAGAAAACCAAGAUCCUUUUGCGUUUGAUUUGGAAGAUUCUAAACCUUCGAAGUGGGCGUUAGCAUCUGUAAAGCCAAAGAAACCUAGAUCUCAAAAGAAGAAAGGGUGCUACAAGAAAAGUAAAGAUGAAUGUUUGUAUCAGCGGUUCCCAAGCCAAGAGGAAUCAUCAAACCAUAGGUUGAAUUCCCAGGAAGAAUCAAGUGGCAGAGACUGCAGUAUAUCGCUGCAAGUAUCUACAACAAAUGACAUUGAUGAAGAAUGUCUAUGUCUUUUAUCUGAUUGCCUUCUAACAGCCGUUAAGGUUUUGAUGAACUUAACCAAUGAUAACGCUAUCGGUUGUCGGCAAGUUGGUGGGUGCAGAGGGCUGGAAAGCAUGGCUGAGUUAAUUGCCAGACACUUCCCGUCUUUCACAAGAUCUCCUCUUUUCAAUGAGAUGGAAAAGACAGGAUCUUCCCAUCAGAAGAAAGAGAAACAUCUUACAGAUCAGGAGUUAGAUUUUCUUGUUGCUAUCUUGGGUUUGCUGGUAAAUUUGGUUGAGAAAGACGGAGUGAACAGAUCACGGCUUGCUUCAGCGAGUGUUCCUAUUACAAAACCAGAAGGGUUGCAAGAGAGUGAACAGGAGAUGAUUCCUUUAUUAUGUUCAAUCUUUCUCACCAAUCAAGGAUCAGCAGACACCAAAGAAGAAACAACUCCUUUCACCUUAGAUGACGAAGAAGCUGUUUUAGAAGGGGAAAAGGAAGCGGAAAAGAUGAUAGUGGAGGCAUACUCUGCUCUACUCCUCGCUUUUCUUUCAACUGAAAGUAGAAGUAUACGCAACUCCAUCAAAGACUAUCUCCCAAAACGCAAUCUCGCAAUUUUAGUACCGGUCUUGGAGAGAUUUGUGGCAUUUCACACGACUCUAAACAUGAUCCCUCCGGAGACACAUAAAGCAGUGAUGGAAGUAAUUGAAUCCUGCAAACUACCGUGAAAGGGAUCAGAAAGGGCAAAUCAAUUCUUCUUCUCUCAUUUUUCUUUGUACAGAUUCUGGAAGAAAAAAAAACUUGGAAUGCUUUGGGGGUUAUCACUGACUUUUGGUGAUCAUAGACUCUAUAGUUCAUAGUAGUGAUCAUGUUCAUUGUAUGAUAUAAGGCUAUACAAGUAGUAUGUUCAAAAUCUUUGUUUUAGAGUUUGUUUUUCCUUGUCUGUCACGGCUUAGGGUUGUUUUAGCUGUCUUUUACUUGUAAACUCCAAUUCUUUUGUAGUUUUCUUGAUACCCUUGAUCAUCAUAUAUACAAAGUUUGCUUUAACGACUUA